AUGGAGGAUGGUGGUAGCUCACGUCUUACUCUGAAUGUCAAUCAUCCACCCAAUAGUCGACUCUUUCUGGUCAUCAGCAAAUCAAUAUCAGAGGAGGCAAUUAGAGAGAAAUUUUCCCUCUUUGGUGAUAUCCAGGAUAUUUGGGUAGUGCGGGACAAACAGUCCAAAAACCAUAAGGGCAUCGCCUACGUGAAGUUCGGCAAAUCAUGGCAGGCCUGUAAAGCAAUGGAGGACAUGCACGGCAAGACUCUCACUGGGGACACCAAACCCAUCAAGGUUUUCAUUGCACAGUCUCGAGGAUCUAAGAGCCACCGUGAUGUUGAAGAUGAGGAGUUAACUAGAAUUUUUGUUAUGAUUCCAAAAUCCUAUGCAGAAAAUGACCUGAGGGAAAAGUUUAAGGAUUUUGGAGAUAUUGAAUACUGCAAUAUUGUCAAGAACAAGAAAACAGGGGAGAGCAAAGGCUUUGGCUAUGUGAGAUUUCUGAAACCAUCUCAGGCUGCUCAGGCCAUUGAAAACUGCGACCGAUCUUUUAAGGCAAUACUUGCAGAACCAAAAAAUAAACCUACAUACUCUGAGAAUAACUAUGUGGCAGGGGUCAAAGAAAAUUUACUGUCAUAUGGGCCAGGAUUUCAUCCCCUAAGAGGUCAAAAUAUAUUACCUUUUCAUGAUUUUAACAACUUUGAAACAAAUGAAAUAAGAGAUGAAGAAAAUAUUACUACCUGCCUUUCAGUGUCUACUAGAUGCAUGCUCACACAUGAGCAGAUUUAUAGUCUCUUCGAUGUUAUCCCAGGACUGGAAUAUUGUGAAAUUCAGAGAGACCCCAAUAUGGGUCAUGCUAUUGUUCGGUACAACAAUGUGGCAUCAGCAGUACAUGCCAAAGAAAAGUUGCAUGGAUUCGAGUACCCACCUGGCAAUCAGCUGAGAGUUAAUUACAUUGAAGAUGCCCAUGGUGACAGGCGAUCAAACCCAAUUGGAAUGAUGGCCUUGCAACUUGUGGCGGCUCAGAUGAUGUCAAUAACCUGCACCAUUCCUGCUGGCCAUCAAAUAGACCCUUCUUCAUCUGGUUGCAGAGGAAGCACUUGUAUUCCGAUAUCUCAGUUGCAGUUGAGCUGCCAGUGGUACCACAAAUUUGGCUCUGACUUCACUCCUCCAAGAACCAACAUCCUCACCAGUAUCCAGGAAUCUCAACAAGAAACAAAAAUGUUGCCUGGUCAAAAAGCCUGUACAGACCUCAACCUCAUCAAGACAGUGGAUGAUGUCAAUCAACAGGCAUCCAAGGAUGACAUCAAAAUUGAACCGCUGAAACUAUCCAACUGCCCUGAAGAUCUGGAUUGUGAUUUCUGCUCUGAUUUUUUGACACUCUUCAUAGAGAUUGAUAAUCCAGCCCUUUUCCAGGAAGGUGUCCAGGAAGGAGUGAGUGAACUUGUUCACACUGAAGACAUAGUGAACCAAUUAAACCAGAAAGUACUUGAGUAUGACAAUGAUCCUUCAUCACUUUGUGGUUCUGCUGAGAAGCUGGAAAAUGAAACUCAAGUGACAAAAUACACUGUUACAAUACCACAUUCAUCCAACAAUAGUGACCUUUUAGAAAGUACAUCUGCACCUAUCCGUCACCAAAAGUGGUAA